AUGGCGUGGUAUGAUCAGGACAGCUGGCUCACUGCAGCCUUCUCGCCAAACCUCACUAUCAUCUUCAUUACAAUCAUUGUCGCGCUGGGAUUGCCGAUAAUAGUCCAUGCGCUCUUGUAUAAGAAGGCUGCCGCCGCUGCACAGUUACCCACCUUCCUGCUUGUCGGGCCGAGUGGUGGCGGAAAGACUGCCUUUACAACAUUGGCGGAGCGCAAUACCACAACCCAAACCCACACAUCCACGACGCCUCUCACCGUCUCCGCCAUCCUGCCCAGCCCACACGUGCCGGCGUCCUCACACUACCGCUCACCAGGCGACCCAGCCUUUGAACGUUCUCGCAAUUUCCUCCUCAUCGACACGCCCGGCCAUGGUAAACUGCGCCACUAUGCCACCGCGCAAAUCGCCGACCUGAAGAACAUUCGCGCAAUCAUCUUCGUAGUCGAUUCGGCCCAAUUGAGCAACGAAACCAACUUGAACGAAGCUGCAGAGUAUCUCCACGACAUCCUGCUCUCACUCCAGAAACGCUACACCAACGCAACUUCGAGCAAGGGACCAAAGGAAAUUCCUGUCCUCGUUGCUGCCAACAAGAUGGACCUCUUUACUGCGCUGCCCCCGCACCUGGUGAAGGAUCUGCUGGAGAAGACCAUCACAGAGGUCAGGAGUAACAAGGCAAAGGCACUCAGGGAUGCUGGAGCGGCACUGAGUGGCGGAGAGGAUGAUGUAGAUGAGGAGAAGGAAUGGCUCGGUGAGGGUGGAGAGGGCUUUUUCACUUUUGAGCAGAUGCGGGAGAGUGGGACGAAUGUGCAAGUGAUUGGUGGUAAUGUGGUUGCUGGUAAGGAGGGGGCUGAUAUGGAUAAGUGGUGGGAGUGGAUUGCCGAACAAUUGUGA